GAAGCAGGUAAAUAUGGCUCACGCUGUACCGAGACCUGUGGAUCGUGCGCAAGUGGACCGGACAGUUGUAACACGGCAUCCGGGUACUGUCGUGGUAAUCCCAGAUGCAUGCCGGGAUAUUCUAGUUUGAAGUGUAAAACAGCCUGUGAAGCAGGUAAAUAUGGCCACGACUGUAACGAGACCUGUGGAUCGUGUGCACGUGGACCAGACAGUUGUAACACUACAUCCGGGCACUGUCCGGGUGAUCCCAGAUGCAUGCCGGGAUAUUCUGGUUUGAAAUGUAAAGGAUGUGAUGCUGGGUUUUGGGGAGCCGACUGUGAGGAAAAGUGUGGCGAAUGUUAUAACAACGUCACGUGUGACAGAGCAUCUGGGGGCUGUCCAAUCACAGAAGAGAAUCCCCGCUGUAAGGCCGGUUUCUUGGGAUCUAACUGUCGACAAACAUGCUCCCCUGGCACAUGGGGGCAAAAUUGCAAACUUACUUGUAGUCUGAACUGUCUUAAUGGUCCAACCGGAUGUGACGUCAGGAAUGGAGCAUGUAUUGGAGGUUGUACAGAUGGACAUGAAGGCAGAUUUUGUACCCCAGUCAACUAUAACUACACAGGAGUGGUUAUAGGCUGUGUGGCUGUGGUGGUCGCUGUCGUAAUCGUCGUUAUUGUACUGAUGUACACGAGAAGAUGUCACGGUAAUAAGUCAGGAGGAACCUCUGAGCGUUCGGAUCCGGCCCACGUCCAAAAUCGGGAGAGUUCUAAUCAAGGGAGAGAAGCGCGGAUUUCAACUCCAGUGGACAGCAACCCGUAUGAGAGUGUUUAUGAGAAUGAAUACGACAAAAUCCGAUUUUCUUGUAAUGACACCGAGGCCAGUUACACACCUGUUACUUAAUUUCAUGGCUUUGGACGCGAAACGCUUCCUGGAAAGAACGGGAGAUAGUGAACCGUUAAAAAUGACAAGUUUUGAACAUAUAUAUAGUUUGAAUUAGAUAAUUCGCUCCUAAAAACAGCACACUUUGUUUUCAAUUUUGAAAAGGUUCAAAGGGCUAAUGCUUCUUUUAGUUUGGGGCUCGAUGAGGGCGAUGUUGGUGGACACAACUGUCGUGUUUUAGCGGUCCUACUCGCCCUCGUCCUACAGGGGUGUAAGCAUUUGACCUAGCUGGCUGUACAGACUGCAGGGAAUUUACCGAACACUGCAGGACCUUCUGAUUAAUAACAGACCCUUUUAUUCAGAUUUUGGAAAGAUAUUUUUGUAAUAACUCUGACUUUGCUAAGGAAAAGUAAUGAAAAGUCACCAUAUUUUUUUUCAAGCAAUGACUCUACCGGACGGUUUUCUGCCAGCUUACCGUGACAAGUUACUGCAGUAUCCUGUCCAACAUGUACGCAUUGUGACAGGGGCCGCCGUUCUCGGUUCCCUGCUUAUAAACGUGUGGUUCAAAAUACAUCAGUUUUACACUUAAGCCGCAAAAUCCAAUUUAUUGCACCGAUACCUGUAUCCACUAUAAGACACCACACUGACAAUCGAGAGCUAAUAUUUUUUCACGUGACAGCCAAUUAUCACGUGACGCUUUCAGGGCUAUGGAUUGGCCAAGUUCAAAAGGGCUUCUACAACAUGGCUUCUUGGAGUGAAUUGUCCGUCAUUGCCAUAUCCCCAAUAAUCAACUCCAUGAUCUCGGCUUUCAAAAUUUUUUAGAAUUUUUUGAACAUAUUUUUCGAUGACAACUUUGUCGUUUAUCAUGGUUCCUAUGUAUGUAUAGUGGCAGACUUUAUGUCACUUUAAUUACACAGGAAAACAUUAUGGGUUUUAUGGACCUAGAAAGUCCUAAAUUUAACUUGAAAAUUAUAAUAACCCUAUCAAAUUUAAAUUUCAAAGUUCUGAGCAUAUAUUUAGUGGAUAUAUAACAACAGUAUACUAAUAUUAUAUCUCAAAACAAUUAAGCAGUGUAGCUUAUAAGCCUAAAGACCUAAUAGUGUUCACAUAGAGUGUAAGUAAACAAGCGCUUACAACCCGAGUUUCAAGUCAGCGUUUGUGUGACUUGAGCACUUUUCCUUCCAAAAUUUUCAUGGUCUAGACAGUUUUGCGCCAGUUAGGAUAUUACAAUAAACUUUUGGACUACGGAUUUCAGCUAGACGUAUGAGCUGUAUAAACAUUUAUUCGUUUUGCCAUUGCCGGUGAAGUAACAACAUACUUGUAUAUGGAUCUGGGAGGUUCAACGUGUUCGUGAGAGGUCAUAUUUUGGCAAACCAACAGGAAGACACAUCUCCAGGUGCCUACAAAGAUAAUGGUCAGGCAAUCUAGAUGUUUUGUCAAAGAAACCAUUCGUGGAUUGAACCACAGGAGGUCAGAUUAUAUCCUGAUUUGCUCAGUGUAACUUUAUUGCUUUCACACCUCAGGCGACCUCUACAUAGGGCUAAUCCUACUGGCUGCCAGUGGCUGUCUUGACAAUAGCCAGCUGGGCUUUAAAGCAAAGAAGCUUUACUGCCAUUGACCAGUAAACCACAAACUUCACUGGUCAAGACAAAGAUGCAUAUUACAAUAUUGCAAAUUUUCAAUCACUAUCAAAGCUGCCGAAGUUUGUGGCCACCAUUUUGAAUUUUUUAAAUAUUUAAUAGUUAUUAAUUUUGAAAGUCUUGGGCGCGUACGGCAUGUUAAUAUUGGUCUUUGCUACAAUAUAUAGCGGUUGUUGGCCGCGUUGGACAGGUGUCCGCGUAGU